UUGGCAGCAGACAGGCGGAUGUCAUUAAACGUCAGAACAUGUGACUGAGAGUCGUGCACCGAGACCGUCUGCACAGCAUUGAUAACAAACACAUGAACACACUCACUAUCCUUUCAAUGACUGUGGAAACAGGAUCCCAGCUAAAGACUUAGAAUUUUUAUCGCUGGUGUGAUGAAGCAUACGAAGAGAUGGAUUCAACUCUUGUAGUUCAGCAGUAUAUUCAGCAAACUAUUCGGUUGGAUCACAACAAUAUUGAUACCAUCCUCAAUGCCCCAGAGACUCAGGACGAGGGUGUGUGGAAGUAUGAACAUCUAAGACAGUUUUGUAUGGAGCUUAAUGGACUGGCUGUACGAUUGCAAGGAGAGUGCCAACCUUCAACGUGUACUCAGAUGACAGCAACAGAACAGUGGAUUUUUUUGUGUGCUGCCCAUAAGACGCCAAAAGAGUGUCCAGCCAUAGAUUAUACGCGCCACACUUUAGAUGGUGCCGCUUGCCUUCUUAAUUCAAAUAAGUACUUUCCUAGCAGAGUGAGCAUUAAGGAGUCCUCUGUAGCAAAGUUAGGAUCAGUGUGUCGUCGAGUCUACAGAAUAUUCUCACAUGCAUAUUUUCAUCAUAGACAAAUCUUUGAUGAAUUUGAGACGGAGACCACCUUGUGUCGAAGAUUUACGGUGUUUGUAACAAAAUAUAAUUUAAUGUCUAGAGACAAUCUCAUCGUUCCCAUCCUAGAGGAUGAGAGUGCUGGACAUGGGGAAUCGGAGGCCUAAUGGAAAAGCAUGUAUCGUAUUACAUAGAAUAAUUAAUACAUAGUAAUUGGUAAGCUUCCCUGGAUUAAUAUCAGUCACACUACUAUAGUAUAGAUGCAGAUGAUUUCAAGCUAGAAUUUGUGUUUAUAUAAAUAUUUAAAUUAACUGUACCAUUUCAUUCAAUACUCAGUCUGAUGUGUAGUGUAGAGCCUUUUACUGAUUCUGUCAUUUGUUUUCAAGAUGAAAGUGAAAUUAGUUGUGAUUUUUAAGGGUUUUGUAUUAAAAAAGAAAAAAAAACAAUUAGUCAGAUGUCUCUAUCAUUUAACAUAUUUAUGAAAACAAACAUCAAAUACAUUCCAGGUACACUGCAGUCACAUGUGGAUUAAAAGAACAGGCUUCAUGGUCAGAUGAUUGUUGGGAAGCAGUUAUCACAUAAAACAAUUUUCUACUUACAGUGAUUGAUUUUUGACAUUUUUGUUUGGAUGACAGCACAUAAUUUAUUUGAGAAAUUUUAGUGUGCUCUUGAUUUGGAUAUAAGAACACACACACACACACACACACACACAUAUAUAUAUAUAUAUAUAUAUAUAUAUAUAUAUAUAUAUAUAUAUAUAUAUAUAUAUAUAUAUAUAUAUAUAUAUAUAUAUAUAUAUAUAUAUAUAUAUAUAUAUAUAUAUAUAUAUAUAUAUAUAUAUAUAUAUAUAUAUAUAUAUAUCUUCAUAAUUAAAUUUCAGUUGAAAGUAUCGCAUAAUAAUUUUGUGGUAUUUUUGAUAGUGAAACCAUAAUUUUAUUCAAUACUUCUUUGUGUGUAUAAUCUUCUGAAUCAUUACUGUCUCUGGAUCUCUUUCAUACUAGUACAAGCUUUGUGAUGAGUUGAAGAAUGACAAAUUUUUGCAAUACUGAUUUGGUAAUAAGGUUAGAGAGCCAGUACCCAUAUCAUCUCGUAAACAUGUGUGUUCCAUAUUAAAAGAUGUUUAUUAAGAAAUUAUGUGUACAAUUUGUACUGUAUAUUAAAGUUACUGUUUUUUUAUGUUUAUCUUUUUUUUUUCUGAAUGGGUUAUUUUUACCAAGCCAUGAUAAUUCAGAUUGAAGUAUCCAUGCACAAAUGAUAGUUGAUUUUGAAGUAUAUUUUCAUUGUAUAAUUUGCUACACAAGUGUUUUAUAUUUUGAAGUGGCUACACAUAUGUUUCAUUGCUUGAAAUUUAUAACCAGAUAAAAUUCUUUGUAAAGUGUGUUUUAAGUAAUCAGUAUCUGUAUUGAAUCUCA